AUGUCCCCGUGUUCGAUGGCAUUGAAGAACAUGGCAGGCGCCUCGCGCACCAUGAUGCGCAGACCGAUUUGGCUCCGAUGCACGCCGUCGGUCGGUCUCUCAAGCAGGAGAAUCCAUCACCCAUUGCGAUCACUCCCGACGUCCCUAUCCGCUCGCCCGUUGAGCACAACAGCUUCUCUUCAGACCGAAGGCUUCCACUCGCAGCAAGAGUAUGCUUCCUCAAUGCCUUCCUCCGGAAGGCAAUCGCCGCAGACCUUGACAGAGAAGAUUGUACAACGCUACGCCGUGGGUCUUCCCGAAGGAAAGAUCGUUCGGAGCGGCGACUAUAUCAGUCUUGCCCCUGAAUAUUGCAUGACUCACGACAACUCAUGGCCUGUCGCCCUCAAGUUCAUGUCUAUGGGAGCUACGCAGAUUCGUCGCCCGGGGCAGAUUGUCAUGACGCUUGAUCACGACGUUCAGAACACCAGUGCGGCGAAUCUUAAGAAGUAUGAACAGAUUGAGUCCUUUGCUGCACAGCACGGUGUCGACUUCUAUCCUGCCGGCCGGGGUAUUGGUCAUCAGGUUAUGGUCGAGGAAGGAUAUGCUUGGCCCGGCACGAUGGCUGUUGCUUCUGACAGCCAUAGCAAUCACUACGGCGGAGUCGGUUGUCUUGGAACACCUGUCGUUCGUACAGAUGCCGCCAGUAUCUGGGCAACUGGGCGCACAUGGUGGCAGAUUCCCCCUGUGGCAAAGGUCACGUUCACAGGAACGCUACCUGUUGGCGUGACGGGCAAAGAUGUGAUUGUCGCAUUGUGCGGACUGUUCAAUAGCGACGUAUUGAACCAUGCGAUUGAGUUUACUGGCUCCGAGGAGACUAUGGAAAGUCUGCUCGUGGAUAGUCGCAUGACGAUUGCCAACAUGACAACCGAGUGGGGUGCGCUCUCGGGUCUUUUCCCCAUCGAUCGGACCCUCAAGCGCUGGCUACGAUACAAGGCUACGGAGGCGGCGAUGCUGGAUGACCGGACAACUCGCCAACGUAUUACACACGAACGAAUCGACGAGUUGUUCGCCAAUCCCCUCACUGCAGACCCCGAUGCCUUGUACGCCAAGCAGCUCUACCUUAACCUUUCCACCCUCUCGCCUUACGUUUCAGGCCCUAAUUCCGUCAAGGUCGCAACACCACUCAACGAGCUCGUGCAACAGAACAUCAAAAUUAACCGCGCAUAUAUCGUUUCCUGCACCAACUCGCGUGCUUCCGACCUCGCGGCGGCCGCCAAAGUCUUCAAAGACGCCGCUAAGGCGAACCCAGAUACUACCCCCAAAAUUGCCGACGGUGUCCAAUUGUACAUUGCGGCAGCUUCCGCGCCCGAGCAAGAAGCCGCCGAGGCGACCGGCGACUGGCAAGCUCUGCUCGAUGCUGGUGCGCAGCCGUUGCCUGCUGGAUGCGGGCCGUGCAUUGGUCUCGGAAAGGGCCUUCUCGAUGCCGGCGAGGUUGGUAUCAGUGCCAGCAACCGUAACUUCAAGGGACGCAUGGGCUCGAGAGACGCGCUGGCAUACCUGGCGAGUCCCGAGGUUGUGGCUGCCAGCGCCCUCAGCGGUGUGAUCUCUGGCCCCGGUGCCUACCAGGUGCCAGAGGAUUGGUAUGGCGUCGACCACGGAUUCGGCAUCGGUUCGGAGCCCACCACCGAGAACGAGCUCUCCAACCUGCUCCAGCAGAUGGAAUCCUUGAUCGAUCGCGUCGAGUCUGCCACCGACGACUCCAAGCCUGCCACCGAGAUUCUGCCCGGCUUCCCCGAGCGUAUCAGCGGCGAGAUUGUCUUCUGUGAUGCCGACAACCUCGACACUGACAGCAUCUAUCCCGGAAAAUUGACUUACCAAGACAAUGUUUCCAAGGAGGAUAUGGCGCAAGCCUGCAUGUCCAACUACGACCCCGAGUUCAAGGAUCUUGCCAAGCCUAACGACAUCCUUGUCGCUGGCUUCAACUUCGGCUGCGGAUCCUCAAGAGAACAGGCGGCUACCGCAAUCCUGGCCAAGCAGAUUCCUCUCGUCGUCGCUGGCAGCUUCGGCAACAUCUUCGCCCGCAACAGUAUCAACAAUGCCCUCAUGGGCCUUGAAGUCCCACGACUCCUUGAGCGCCUGCGCACUGAAUUUGCUCAGUCGCCUUCGGCCGCGGACCGACAGUUGACUCGCCGGACAGGCUGGACCCUGACGUGGGACGUGAAGCGUAGUCUCGUCGAGGUGAAGGAAGGCGAGACUGGAGAAAGCUGGACGGAGCAGGUCGGCGAGUUGCCCGCGAACGUGCAGGCUAUCAUUGCCGAAGGCGGACUCGAGUCCUGGGUCAAGGGCGAGGUUGCGAAGUCGGGAUGA